UUUUAUGAUGACACUUCGUCUUGCGACUUUGUCUACUAUUGUAAUAUUAGUGGAAGGUGAUUUUAACAAUCCGCGAUACUAUGACUUCGAUGUUGGAUCUUUAUUAGAAAAUGAUAGAAUUUUAAUAAGUUAUACAAAAUGCUUCUUAGACAAAGGUCCUUGUACACCUGAUGCUAAGGAAUUCAAAAGAGAUAUACCAGAAGUAUUACGAACGUCGUGUGAAAAAUGUACAGACAAACAAAAGGAGAUAAUCAAACAAAUUAUAGGGACAGUUAUGAAACGUCAUCCCAAAUCUUGGAUUCAACUCCUCGACAAGUAUGAUCCAGAGAAUAAAUAUGUCGAUGACUUUAAUAAGUUUAUUCUAGAA